GGUAUCAACCUUGUCAGUCGAUAUAUCAAAUGACCUCCCUGCAGUUGUGUGUUGUGUAGAUAAAAAAUUGCUCUGCAGACAACAUCAUAACAUGGCUACUAAGCUUGCUCCGCCCCUCCUCACCCUUCUUCUUCUUCUUCUUCUUUUCCAACUUGGCUUUGGUGUCAAAUCUCGCCUAGCGGUGGACGCAGGGCUCAGGUCCUCUAGAGAUUCAAAAUUGCAUGUUGGCGAAGUUUAUGCUCUUAAAGCGGUGAUAUCAGGAUUGGGUUUAGACAUGGAUCCAAACGGGGUUUGCAAAACUUGUGACCCUGGAUUUGUGAUCAAAUGCAAUUGCAGCUUCAAAAACAAUACUGAGUGUCACAUCAAAUACAUGAAAAUAAAAUCGGGCAUAGACUUGAGCAAUGGAACUAUCCAUGACUAUAUUUCUAACUUCACCCUUUUGGAGACUCUGUAAGUAAUAAUUAUAUAUCUAUUAUUGCAUAAUUUUGGUGGUUUCAUCCCCUUACUAAAUUGGUGAAUAUAAUGCACUAAUCUCCCAGCCUCAAAAAUGAAUUUGAGAUGUAAAAUUUAUUUAUUGUUUUAAU